GAAGAGACAGAAAUGUGGAAAAUAAGGGAGUGGGAGAAGCAGACAGAAGAGACUUACUGGAAAAGGCAAAGCAGAAUGCUGUCGGACACCUCCAGUCGGAUGCGCAGUGAUGGCUUUGAUGACGAGGGCCACAGGGCUGGCUGGAAAACAAAGAACUCACAAUUUCUUGACCCAGUUGAAGACGAUUUCCUUAGGGCCCGAUCCUGGAAUAAAAAGCUCUAUGAAUGUGAAGCCAACAUGCCAGACAGGUGGGGUCACAGUGGCUAUAAAGAGUUGUACCCUGAAGAAUUUGAUACAGAUAGUGACCAGCAAGAAGGAGAUGAACAAAAUGCUAUCAAUGGGAAGAAAAAAUCUCAUCUGGGAAAGCAAACUGCCCGUGAGUCACACAAACGGAAAAAAACAAAGAAAUCACACAAGAAUAAGCAAAAAAAGCGAUCACACAAAAAGCGAAAGAAAAAGAAAAAGGAGCAGGGGAGAACAUCAUCAGAUUCUUCCUGGGAGAGUGAGUGCUCAGAAGAGGAGACUUCAAGCACCCGGAAGGGGAAACACAAGCGCAAGAAAAAGACCAGGAAAGUGCCUGCCAGGGAACCUACCACUUCUUCUGGGCAGGAAAGUGACUUUUCUCAUGCAAGCAGCUCAACCACCAGCAGCUCUGAGGACAGUGAAUCUGAGGAGAAAAAAGAGAAACGGCCCCAAAAAAAGAGAAAGAAACGUCACAAUUCUGUGUCAGAGAGGCACAGUGAAGUACCAGAGAAGAGGAACAAGAGGAAGAACUGGAAAGUGGCUGCUGAUGAAAAAUCAGAGGAUAGCUCAGAUGAGGACUGA